AUGAGGAAGAACCAGAGGCAGCUAGAAAGAACGCAACGGGAAUUAGAGAGAGAGAAAGUCAAGUUACAGCAACAGGAAAAGAAGUUGAUGCAAGAUAUCAAGAAGUCGGCCAAGGCGAACCAAACUAAAGCUAUCAAGGUCCAGGCAAGGGAUUUAGUGAGGACUAGAAAGCAAGUAGAGAAGUUUGACAAGAUGAAAACACAAUUACAGGCCAUUUCGCUUAGACUUCAGACUAUGAGAUCAUCUAACCAAAUGACAAGCUCUAUGAAAGAUGCUGCUCGUUUGCUGAAUGGAUUGAACUCUCAAAUGAAUAUCCAAGGCUUGUCCAGGAUAACAAUGGAAUUCCAAAAAUCCAUGGACGUUAUGGACCAAAAGCAAGAGAUGGUGGACGAUGUUAUGGAUGACCUCAUGGAUGAUGAGAUAGACGCAGAAGAUGAGGAAGAGAUUGAUGAGGUUGUUGGAAAAGUGCUCGAUGAAAUGGGAAUCGACCUGGACGCUAAACUGGGAGAUUCUGUUCCAGAAGGAAUAGGACACGCUUCGCAGAGCCAAGUCGCUACAAAAGCUCAAGCUGUACCUAUGGGAGCCGAUGGGGGCUUAGACGACGACUUGCAGGCCAGAUUAAACGAUUUGAAGAGAUGA